CUCCUCUCCGUAUUCGCGUAAAUUAAAACUCUUCCGGUCUCCAAAAUUUCAUUUCUUCUUUGUUCGCAAAGCAUUAGAGGAGCCUUUGCCCCAUUUCAAGAAGAACCAGACAUACUGAAUCAGAGAGCCAUAAGUUUUCUCAAUUUCUCUUUGCUUUUUUUUCUCAGCUUCACCAUCUGUGUCUUCGUACUCCUCAGUUUCGUCAUCCUCUGACACGUCAUCUUCAUCCUACCGUCGUCGUCGCUGCCGAAAUCUCUGCCGCGAAAAAGAUAGAGACAGGGAGUCGGCAUACAAAAAGCUUGGAAAUGGGAAUGGAGAAAAAACAGUAAUGAUAUGGAGGAGGGAAGGCUAGAGAUCGGCAUGGAGCUUUGAGAAGAACCCAGGAUGGAUCAGAAGAGUGGGGAUAUGUUGAAGCAGACCAAAAGCACACAUGUUUUGGUGGCUAUGCAGAAGUCCAUAUAGGGUUGAAAAUCCCUCUAAGCCAUGGCUAAUCAUUCUCUGGUUGCAAGGUGGACCUGGUGCUUCAGGCGUUGGGAUUGGGAAUUUUGAGGAGGUUGGACCAUUGGACAAUUAUUUGAAGAGCAGGAAUUCGACAUGGUUGAGAAAAGCUGAUCUCCUGUCUGUGGAUAAUCCCAUGGGAACGGAAUACAGUUAUGUGGAGGAUUCAGAUUCAAAAUUGUUUGUGAAAACUAAUGUUGAGGCCGCAACUGAUUUAACUGCAUUGUUGGAGGAGCUUUUUAAUGAAAAUGAGAAACUUCAAAAGUCCUCUGUACAUUGUGGCAGAGUCUUAUGGAGGAAAAUUUGCAGUCACUCUCGGAUUGUUUGCACUAAAAGCUAUAGAAGAUGGAAAAUUAAACCUCAAACUUGGGAGGUUAACUGUUUUCUAAAAUCAUAAAAAGGCUUUAAUUUGCUUCGCUCCUUCUCCGAUGAUCCGCUACAAGUAAAUAUAAAUUCUUAAGAAAAGUAUAAGUUACUGAUGUUUGUUUGUGCUUGAUGGUUUUCAUAGUUAAUGCUAGAAUUCUUGAAGUAGAAUUUUUUUUCGUGCCACGCUACAUUGUCAACUGUGUUUAUUAAGAAUUGCGAGAAGGUAAUAUCAUCCAGUUCUUAGUAGAUUCAUGUCUUUGGCUUAAUUCUUU